UUCCCCGACUGCCCCGUCGCCUCCAACUUCAGAAUGCCAACGGGCGGUGUAUAGAUGGCGGAGAGCAAUGACGGAGGAGUUUGACGAAGAUGUGGUAUUUGAGAACUCCCCUCUGUUCCAGUACCUGCACGAUCUCGGCCACACGGACUUCGAGGCGUGUCCCACGGCAACGCAGGAGGACGAAUAUGGCGGCGAAGAGGGAGACCUCCCCUACGGAGAUCCGAGGAAAACUCCAGGAGGAUGCUUCCGGAGGCUGGCUGAAGCCGUGUGGAGGUGGAGUCCGAUCCACCGGGCGGCUGCGUCUCAGAAGAUGGGCCAGCAGCUGGACUGUGUGUUCGGCCAGUACUCGGUGAAGUGCAUUCUGGGCCAGGACGUGCUGCUGCAGGAGGACGUGGAGCUGAUCGAGCUGCUGGACCCGAGUCUGCUCACGCUCGGCUCGUCCAGCCGAGCGGGCGUCCUGCCCAGACCCGGCCUCCUGGCCAGGCCCUCCCUAUGGGACGUGGCGGGGCUGGUGGGCCUGGCUGCAAUGCUGCUGGGCUGCUGCUCCGCGUCUGGCGGGGGCCCGUGGUCGCCGGCCGCCGCGGCCCCCUGGGGCCUGGCGCUGCUGGGCUGGCUGGGGACGAGGGGGGUGCUGCUGUGGAGGCGGGGCCGCAUGCAGACGGCCGUUCACCGCGCCACGCAGCUCCAGACGCUGGUCCACAACAGCAAGGCCCUGACGGGGCUGUCUCGCAAAGCGCUGCGCCUGGUGCAGGAGACGGAGGUCAUCUCCAGAGGGUUCACCCUGGUGAGUGCGGCCGGCUCCUUUAGCAGGGCGGGGGCGGGGGCGGUGUCGCGCGGCCAGCAGCUGAUCGGACUGAGGAAGGCGCUGUACCGGGCGCUGCGCACGGCCUUCAGGGCCUCGCGCAGGGCCACCUGUCACAUGCUCAAGGCGUUCCCUCUGAGCUCUGAGAUCGACAACGUGACAAACUACGUGUCGGCCGUGCCCCUGAAGGAGCUCGGCCUCGGCCUGGGCGUCGAGCACCUGGGCGACGAGCAGGCCCAGGAGCUGACGGACGACUACAGCCUGCCCGCCCUCAAGAUGCUGUACCAGCUGUGGGUCGGGCAAAGCUCCGAAUGUUUCCGCCGCCUCGCUCUUCUCCUCUCGCCGCGAAGGAUCGAGGAGCCCGAUGAGGGCGGAGCCGGAGCCGGCGACGCCUCACCUCCUCCUCCUCUUCUUGCCCCGCUGCACCGCUCCAUCGCCGCGGUGACGGAGCCCCUCCACCACGCUCUGGCCACCUGCCUCUGCGACGUGCAGCGCAGCUUCGACUUCCACCGGCACUUCGAGACGCAGCCGAGGACGCCGGGCUCCGACCGGACCGGCCGCGUCGGGGAGAAAUGCCGAGAGCUCAACACGUUGCACUCCUCCAUCCGAAGCCUGCAGCUGCACCUCAAGGCCCUGCUCAGCGAGAUGAUCAUCCUGGAGGACGACCUGGAGAAGCUGAUGGUGUCCAAGGAGGAGCCGACGGAGCUGACGCUGGAGGGCUACCAGGACCUCAGCGACCGGCUGCACCAGCUGCAGCCGCACAUGCAGGCCAGCUCGGGCUGCUGGGAGAACACCGUCGGCCAGGUGGAGCGCAUGCUGAGGCGGGUCAACGCCUGCUCAGGUAAUGCCGAGGGUCCGGAGCAGUGCGGCCCCCCCGUGAUUCCGGCUCCGCCUCCGUCCUACCCGUUGAUCCUGGACAGAGACCCUGUGCCAGAGGAGCUGGAGUGGGAGGCCUACGUGUCCGACUCGGACUCGGACUCGGACGGCGAGGCCAGAGGCUCCUGGUCCGACAUCUUGUCGCCGGAGCAACGGGAGCGGCAGCAGCGGGAGAGGGAGGAGUCCCGCCGCGUCCUGUCGGAGCUCAAAGCCGUGCUGGGCUUCCGUGCCUCAGAGGGGGAGAGGAUGAAGAGGAAGCAGCUGCUCUUCAACGACCAAGCUGCUCCCUCUGCUCACGGCGAGAGUCCAGAUCCGGUCACGAGUCUGCUGGACGCUCCGACCUCUCCGAUCUCUCCGGGGUCAGCGGCGGAAAGUGGCGGCGAGGACGGAAACCAUUUCUCGGAGUGCUGUGCGGGAGACGAGGGUGAGGAAGAGGAAGGAGAGGAAGAGGAAGGAAGAGACAGCAGGGCGGGGCCCGACCCCUCCACGGAGUUCAGCUGUGGGUCGGGGGAGCAGGGAGAGGAUUCGGGAGGAGCGUCGGUGUGCGCCCGAGGAGGGGGAGGGGCGUCCGAGCUGCACCAAUACGAGGGCGCCCUGAAGGAGGGGGGGGAGGGGCAGAACGGCCUGGACUGCUGCCUGAAGCCCAAAGCGCCCGCCGUCUCCGUGAUGGACAGGCUGGCGGAGAUCCACGGCUCGGAGGCCCUCAGCUUCAGCGCCGCCCUCGCCGCGCAGGUGGCGGCGCGCUCGCAGUCGCUCAUCGCCAUGAAGGAGCAGACGUUCGGAGAUGAGGAUGAGGAGGAGGAAGAGGGUGAGAAGAGCGACAGACGAACCCUGACGGAGGACUGAAGUUGAACGUCGCUGAGCAGAGACUGUAUUUAUGUCCGAUGUCUUUUAACGGUUAACUCUCCAUUACCCGUCCGUCCGUUUGACUACAUUACCCACAAUCCUUACUGCUCGCUGUAAAAAACUCAGGUACCAGAACCACUAAAACAAAAUAUGACUUUUCAGUAGAAGAACAAUUCACUUUCUGUCAUUCAGCAGGUGUGGAACAAGCAAUCGGAUCCAUUAAAAGAAAUCAUUAAAAAAAAGUAUUAUUGGAUUAUUUCGUGAGAAAAAUAAGUUUUAAUUACAGUUUUCAAAACCGUUCCAGUCCGAGUUACCGUGGAAACGUUUGGGUGCUGGAGGACCUGAGACGUUUGGAUGAAGAUGAAGUCACAGAGAUAAAUGUGAAGUCACACAAAGAGAUUCUUUAAACCGUCUCGACAGCUAAAUGUACAUUUUUGGAGCUUCAUGAAACGAAAAGAGGAGAGAGGAGAGAGGCUUCACCACAACGUGAAAACAACCAGUAAGUUCUGCAUUCAGAAUUCAACUCGACCUGAAUAUAUCGUUGGAGUAUUGAAAGUAAAGCAACUCGUUGAUCAUAAAAAUCCUUUUCAGAGUAUUUAUAAAACAAAGAAAAUCUGGAUUUCAGGAGCUCCGAUGUGUCCUUCAGUAAAUGCAGAAGUAGAAUGGUAUUUUGUUUAUUUCUGUCCCUUUCUGCGACUCCAUCCCUCUUACUGUCUGACGGCCCACCUGGAAUGCAACGCUAUUGUACCUCAGAACUACUCCAGUCGACUGAAACCGGUCCCCCCCCCCUCUUUGUUUACACGGUUUACACUCUGAGGAAAGACGCACUCUACGGACGCCCCCCCCCCCCACCUCCCCCAAAAAAGUGUGAUUUUUAUUUAAUUUUUUCUCAUGUGAGGGCAAUCUAGAACUUUUUUUCCCUAUGAUGUCCCAACAAGAGUCUUGUGAGCCCUGGUGUAUCUCCCCCCCCCAUGUCGGCCUCGACCUCGGCCUGACCCCCAAACGUGAAGUAAAAGGAGAGUUCUGGAGGAGUUUCGGCGUAUCGCAUGUGUUGAAGUCUUUUCCGCCGCCGCUCGUGUUUCAGUGGCGGUAGAGAAACGGGUUCGGUGAGUCACUCGAUACGGUUUGUGUGUUUUUUUGUGUCUUUGUCUCUCCCAAAAACAGCCGGCGCUCCGCUUUCAAAGCCACCGCCGCCCUCAGGGUUCAGUUCGGUCUGUCAAAUCUCCCGAGUGUCUCGAGUCUCUGGAACACACUUGAAGCAACUUUCUGUAAAUUCGCAUUAGAUGCAGACUCUGACCGUGAGAAUUACCCACAAUUCAUAGCAAUGGGAGGUUAAACACAGGGGUUACCGGAGGAAGCGUGGAGACGUACACACACAAAGGUAGAUACAGGACGACACGUGUGUUCAGCCUGGUGUAUUACAUGUACACAACAUUAAGGAUUAGAGAUAGGGUAUUAAUCAGAGGAAUGCAAGCAGAUUAGUAUUAUUUUAUGGAAUUAUUAUUAUUUGUUUGAGUAAAUACAGAUACAAACGGGGAUUUACAGGAGGAUUUAAUCACAAGCAGCCAGUUACGUUUAAAACGAAGGAAACGUUCAAGGAAACUUGAAAAUCUACCUUUUAAAAUUAGUAAUUGAUGAUCAAAUUAUAUGCGGAUUCAUUUUUAUGUUAAUUCACUGAUGAAUUAAUGACAACGUUUUGAACUGACUCACCUGUGAACUCCGUUGUCGUCAUCCGCAGCUUCAGCUUCACGUGUUGGAGAACACCGCCCCCAUGUGGACAAGCGGAGCAACAGCAGCUUCGGUUACAUUUAACUGAGGCUGCUGUGGCGAUGAGGAAGAGGCAAAUCCUCCUCUGUUGCUCUUCCCUUUUUUUUUUUCCCGUGAAAGUUUUUUUGGGGGGGAGUUCAUCCUGAUCCCGUGUGAGGUCAAAGGUCAGGGAUGUCGUAUAUGUAGAUGUAUUUGUGAUUUUGGGCUAUACAAAAUAAAUUGAAUUUAAUUGAAA